AUGGCAUCGUUUCCUGAUGUGAAAGAAAAGGAGGAAAUGCGAAAAAUUGUCGGUCGAUAUGGCAUAACCGGACGCGAGCAGGUAUCUGCACUCUGUCAUAAACUAUCAGAUGGUCAGCGUUGUCGUGUCUCUUUCGCAUGGCUUGCAUGGCAGCAGCCUCAUCUGCUUCUUCUUGACGAACCUACUAACCAUUUGGAUAUGGAAUCCAUAGAUGCCUUAGCAGAGGCUAUCAACUGCUUUCCCGGAGGAAUGAUUCUUGUAUCCCACGACUUUCGUCUUGUUAGUCAGGUGUGUCUAAUUUUUGUUAUUUGA